AACUAUUAUUUUAUCCGGAACAAUUUUUGUUACUACCUUACACCAAACGGCCCCUAAGUAAAUCUUCAAAUCAGAAAGUUUGGGUCUCCGAUCAUCGAUUUCUCCGGAUCGAUAGACUGCUACAAAUCGACUGAUCUUCAAAUCAGUGCUCCGGUACGCAUCUCAAAAUUUACAAGAACUUUGGUUCUUCGAUCGAUCGACUGCUCUGCAUCUCAAAUCAGUGCUCCGAUCGACUACUGCUCCGACUACGAGUGCUCCGACCACCAGUGCUCCGACCGCUUUUGAUUGAACCCUAGCCAUCGUUUGAAACAGGGUGGAAUUCUACAGUUUGUGGAAUUCUUGUAUCUCUCUGUGCACUCAGUGGUGCCGUACUAGGUACUCUCUGUUAAUUCUGAUAAAUACAACAAUAACUCCCAAAUUCCCUUUUUUGAUCUCAAAAAUAGUACAAUUGUCAAACACAUUAAGUGCCAUGAAAACUGAUGGAAUAGCUUUAUUUACUGAUGAAAAAGAGAAUUAGGUAAGGAGAAAGAAUACGAGGUUAGAGUUAGGGAUAGGGAUGCUGAGUGGAGCCUGGGAUUGAAUAUAGAUUCCGGUGGUGGUGCUGGUGGUGAGGACGAUGAUAAUGAUAGCGAAGGCGGUGUUGGGAUUUUGCACCAGAAUUUGACUUCAGCUAGUAGUGCACUUCAGGGACUGGUUAGGAAAUUGGGUGCUGGAUUGGAUUAUUUACUCCUUAGCUCUGCAAUGGGGUCAGCAUCAUCUUCUCACCAGAGUGGACGACUCAAGAAGAUAUUAGCUGGUUUAAGGGCGGAUGGAGAGGAAGGGAAACAGGUAGAGGCUUUGAUGCAGCUGUGUGAGAUGCUUUCCAUUGGAACAGAAGACUUCCUGUCCACAUUUUUUGUGGAUUCAUUUGUACUUAUGCUUCUUGCCGCCCGGGCUCUUACCCAUUUGGUUGACGUUCUUCCUUCUUCUUGUGUUGCUGUUGUCCAUUAUGGAGCUGUUUCAUGCUUUGUAGCUCGCCUGCUUACAAUUGAAUACAUGGACUUGGCUGAACAGUCUUUUCAAACUCUAAAGAAGAUAUCUCAGGAGCAUCCAACUGCUUGUUUGAGGGCUGGUGCACUGAUGGCUGUGCUUCUUAUCUCGAUUUCUUUUCCACUGGAGUUCAGGUAGAAGAAUUCCUUUCAUGAUCAUAUGGAAUUCAGUUUUAGUGAAAUAAGCAACCUUCCAGCUCCUUUUAACACUUAUACGAUCACUUCUAAAUGUUUAUAUCCUUCAAUAGAGAGUAGCAUUAGCAACUGCUGCUAAUAUGUGCAAGAAGCUUCCUUCAGAUGCGUCUGACUUUGUCAUGGAAGUUGUUCCUCUUUUGAUGAAUCUCCUUCAGUAUCAUGAUGCAAAGGAAAAUCUAUGCUCCUAUUUCAGGAAGAUAUAUCCUCUUCCCGAACCCAUCCUUACUUUGGUCAAACGUCACUUUGUUUCUUUAAUGUCAUCCAUUGGUGCUUGUGUCUGCAGGUAUUAGAGCAUGCUUCUAUCUGCUUGACCCAUAUUGCUGAAGCAUUUGCGUCUUAACCAGAGAAGUUAGAUGAACUUUGCAACCAUGGACUUGUUACCCAAGCUGCCUCCUCAUCUCAACCAAUAACUCUGGUAGUGGACAAGCCUCACUCAGCACGUCAACCUACACAGGUUUAAUCAGGCUUCUUUCGACAUGUGCUGGUGGCUCCCCACUAGGAGCUAAACUUUACUGCUGCUUGGUAUAAGUAGAAUAUUCAAGGAUAUUUUAUCAGGUUCUGGUCUGGUGGCCACUGUCUCUAUUUCACCUGCCUUGAGCAAACCUCCAGAGCAGUAAGAGCUGAAGAUCUAAGUGUCGGCUUAGGGAGCGCGGAAUCUGCGAAUAGAAUGUGCAUCUGCAGGGGCUCACUUCCCCCUCUUGAGGAAAAACCCGAUAAAAAGGAGGAAAAUAGCCUCUAUGGUAGUUAAUAGGCUAAGUACACUAAGUUACAAAGUUUGUUCUAAGUACUCAAAAUGACACAGACGACAGAUUUCUGAGGAUUAGCAGUUUUAUAUUGGGUUCACACGCUAGAGGAAGUAUCGAGAUUAUGGAUUUCCAUAGAUGUUAUUACCAACAAUACACCAGGAUGAAGUAACAAAAGACAUAAUGUUUUUUGAUGGGUAUGGAUAUCAUGGAAGAUCAUUUGAGCAGACGUACCGGUUUUAUCCUGCAUCAUUCAUUGAGAAGCCACAAAUAGAAAAUGGAGACAAAAUUAUAAUGCCUCCCUCUGCUCUUGAUCGUCUAGCAUCACUUCACAUUGAUUACCCAAUGUUGUUUGAGCUUCGAAAUGCUAACAUGGGACGGGUUUCUCACUGUGGUGUAUUGGAGUUCAUUGCAGAGGAGGGCAUGAUAUAUAUGCCAUAUUGGAUGAUGGAAAAUUUAUUCCUACAAGUAGGCGAUAUUGUGACAGUGAAAAAUGUAGCUCUUCCUAAGGGUAAAUAUGUCAGGCUGCAACCCCACACAAAGGAUUUUCUGGAUAUUUCUAACCCAAAAGCCAUGUUUCUUUGUACAAUUUCUUGAUAUCUACCUGUGGAAAAUGCAAAAAUUCUGAACAAGCAGUAAGGCUUUUGGAAGAGAUGAAGAGAUUUGAAUUCAUUGAAGGAAAGCCUACUGGACAAACCUAUAUCUGUCUCCUCAAUGCAUGUGCAGCUGCUGAUCGAGUUGACAGAGCGUAAGAAAGUUGCUCAGUGGUUGCAACUGUAUCUAUUGCUAAUACACAGUUGGUCAUGCCUACAUGUGAAGGCAUGUGCUGAUGUCUGUUUAGUUAGUUUAGUUAGUUGCACGAUUAGAUCCUUCAUGCAGUGGAUAGUCUGGAAUGCAGCAAAUUCUUAGUAAAUAGCCAGACAUAACACCAUGAUGUUAUUAUAGUUAAUUUCACUGAAGAACAUCUGCUUAUUCACUGAAAUGAUAUUUGAUUAUUAAUGAAAGAUUUUGGUGUGAUGUGUA